AUUUCACCUUAUCCAUCGAUGUAGCCAGAACUCUACGACCGUACUGUAACGGGAGUGAUGAUAUUGGUUGCAAUCCUUCUCCCGAACCGCUCUUUCGCUUUCGGAAUCGUGCAGGAGUAUCAACUGCCAGAGAAAUUACUUAGAAUCAACAAAUGGGAUCGAGAUUGGACGAUCUUCCCACACUUUUGUCUUUUUGUCCUUGUUCUUCUGCCACUCAGGCGAUGGUAUAAAUAUGCUCAAUUCAGGCGGACCCGCUUAUCGUUCACUUCCCAGCCUUUGUUGCGCCUCAAUAUGGCUGUUCAUGACAUGAGAUAUCAGUUGGCUCCGCCUCUUGAUCACUAUUUCACUUUUUCCGUCGAUGUAGCAGCAACCUUAGAGUUGUACUGUGACGGAGGCGACGAAUUUAUGUUGCGAAUGUUGGAAGGCAUGCAGGAUCGCAGGUAUGCCGGUCAUUGCUUGGAGGUUGAAAGGCCAAAGCUAAGCGGAGAGACACCAAAGUACAAAGCUAUCGAAAUCCGGCCAGUGCAGCAGGGUCUUACGAAGCCUCACCCUCGGAAACCUGACUAUGCGCGGCCUACUAUGUGUGUUCCUAUCUUGCCGACCACGGCCCAUCCUAAGUCGAGGGAACCCCUUCAAGUGUCAAAGCCACUGUUAUGGGACAACUGCUACCAUCCUACCUACUAUGAUCUUUGGGCACGCGUACCAUCGGAAUGGCGUGACUAUCAGGACUCACCAAGUGUGAACUUUUCCGUAGCGCUUUUCAAAGCCCUCAAGGAGGAUGAGCGUUAUGGUCAACUUCUCCGAGCUGGACUAGAUGAUGCAGAAAUUCAAGCGAAUUCUCGAUGGUCAAGAAGACGGCCCAGACUUGGACGACGCUUCGGAGACUGAUAAUCAGACCUGCCGGACGUUCCUGGCCAAGAUACCAGGCUCCGAUGAUCCUGAGGAAGAUGGAAUCUUCGUGCCCGUUAUGCGUAUCGACCAUGUCUUGUCAAACGUUCCAGAAAUAUCUGAUCCAUCUCAGCUAUGCGGGGAUGUCGAUCUUUUCGAGGAGAUCGUACAGGAGUAUCAGUUCGCACGCUAUGGAUCUGUCCUUUUCGACCCGCUGCACGGUUCAGAGGUUGACGACACGCUUAUUCCUGACGGCUUUUCGUGGAAUUAUAGUGUCACGUCGGAGGUAUCUUGAUCAAGUUUGAUGGAAGAACUCAGCUCCAGUGAUUCCCCAUACGCGCAUGAACUGGAUUUGACGUCCGAGUCUCCUCCGAUGCUGGAACUUGUUCA